CAGAACUCUGAUGUGAGAUGAUCGAGUAGUACACUCGUCAUGUUUAUGUAUAUUUUACCUCUUGGAGCUCGAGCAGCCAAAUACCGUACAACUCUUCUUCUUUGUUUCCGUGUCCAUCAGAUUCAUGCUCAUGAAUUCUGCCCUAUACAGAACAUCAUCCACUACUAAGAUCCGCUGUUCUAUUAUCAGCCCGGUGAUUCUCUCUGUUGUAUCUCUGCAACAUUUUUGUUCAUUCCAUAUCCAUCGAGCCAUGAGUGGACCAAUCAAAACACAAAGCAUUCUGGACAACGCACGCAUAGCGCCUGAAAUAUUUAAAUUGUGUCAUAUUGUGUUAUAACUUACGCAGUUGCAUCGCGUUUGCCCCGUAUUUUCCAAACCAUUACAUAAAAGGUGAAUGACAGAAAACCAGACUCCCAACCAAAAGUCCGCCGGAACAGGAUUGAGAUUGCCCUCCAGCCCUUACCUCUUGACCUCCUUACAAUGGUCUUCCAAGCCCCUGCCCCAACAUCUUCGAUUGAAUCAAGGGCACCUAGUAUAUGCAUCAUAUUUACUGAAAUGUUGACAAAUUUUCAUUCACCAGCUAUUGAUUAUUAAAAGACAUUGGAUGAAAUAUUAAGAAGAAUAAAAAUUUCCGCAAUGAAUAAAGGAAGGAAAGCAUUGAAAUUAGAAAAAGAAACAGAAAAGAAAAAGGUGGGGGGGGGGGGGGGGG